AUGACAACUUUAGGGUACCUUGAACAUGUUAGUGAAGACGCAGAGACCCAUCCGAGCCGAUUGAUUCGAUGUAAGCGGUGUUAUGCCAAUUUAUUUGUUGGCGAUAGUUAUUUGAAGUACCAAAGUGAUGGUAAAAAAUUAUACAUAAGGUUUAAGGAUUUGAUUAACGAAGAAGAGAGUGAGUUGGUGAAAGAGAUUGAGUAUCAUUGUAAUAAUUGUCAGGUAUUAAUUGGAUUCCAAAUCAAGGAAAAACCAAAGAACAAUGAAUUGGGAGAUUUUCUAGGCGGGUUAUUUAAUAUUGAAAACGAUAUUAAUAUGAAUUUACAAAAAUAUCAGAAUAGUUUGAAUGAGGACCAUGAACUAAUUGAUGGGUUGAAUCAAAUUUCAUUUGAAGAUAAAGUAUCAGAGCAUAGAAUAUUAUUGAGAAAUUGCAGUACUAGUUUUUUAAAUUAUUAA